UUUCCCAUCUCUGUCUCUCUAUCUUUGGUGUGAGGAUAUUAUUAAUACCCUCAUCCCCUUCUCUUCCCUUUCUCCAUCCCUUUUUAUUAUUAUUAUUAUUAUUAUUACAUUUUUCUUUUCAAGAUUCAACAGCACAAGAACCUUCUCUUUCUUUUUCUAUAUAUACCCACACAUGCUUCUCUGCACCUCUUUAUUCUUACUUUCUUUCUUUGUACCAUGAUGAGUUUCUGCAAGAAGAGUGUUAAUUCUUUUUUAGGUCUUUCCACCGUGCAUACUUCUAAUCUCGAUGCUUCCCAUAAUCUUGAAAAGCCUUUGUCCUCUAAAUGCCUUCCUGUCUUAACUAGUAGCGGCUUAGGUUUAAUUACUGCUGCUGAUAUUGAUGCCUAUAAAACCCCACCCAACGUUCUUGAAUCUACUACUUUCAAGUCACCGUCUCCCCCACCUUCCCCUUCGCUUCCUCCAACGCCUCUUUCCUUUUUCAAGAAAGACCCUGGGGGUAUUGGUUUCGUUGAUGAUGUUGGGGGUGGUGUCAACGGGUUGAUGUCUUGCACUGAGAGUUUAGGAUUCGAGAGUUGCGAUGAAAGAAGAAUUGAUGAUGAGAUUGAUGAGCUGUGUUCAAGGACUCGAUCAUCGACGACGAAGGUUAAUUGGAAGAAAUUUGGAGAAAGAAGAGAGGUGAAGAAGUUUCCACCACCACUUUCUUCUUUGAAUCAUAAUGGUCAACCUAGUUUCUUCCUCAGGCCAGUGAGAAAAGAUGGUAGAUUGGAGUUGACAGAAGUCAGGAUUGACAGGCCUGAGAUCUUACGUGCUUCUCGUGAAGAUGGAAGGUUAAGGCUUCAUCUUAUUAGAGAUGAUGAAGAAGAAGAAGAUAAUGAUAGUAAUAUUGAAGAACCUCAACAACAAGAAUAUGAGCUAAAAGAAAAACGAGAAUUAGAGGGAGGCCAAGAAGAUGGAAAAGAAGGAGAAUUUCAAGAAAAUGAAGAAGAAGAACCACAACAACAGCAAGAAGAACAACAACAAGAAGAAGAGAUAACUGGAGAAUGGAGGUUCCCAGUGACGGGAGAAGGGUUUAGAAGGUGUCAUGAGCUAGGAACAGGUCACCAACAUGAUUAUCACCGUCAUCAUCAUCAUCACCACCACCACCAUAGCAAUCAUCACCACAACUUGCAUGUAUGGAGCCAGCAUUGUGUGACAACAACAUGAAGAAAGAAUGAUGAGGUGGGGUUAGUGUAAAAGAGAUAAGAUGGUGCAUGUGUGUCUGUAUGUAAAUCUGGGUGUCAUAUGUUGGACUGGUAUUGUUUGUUUUUCCAGAAUACCUGCUAUAGACUUCAAUUUAGCAGGGAUCUGAAAAUCGGUUGAGGUGUCUCAACUAAAUUUGAAGGAGUGGAUAAUGGUGGAAUCUUUUGGGCUUUACAGCUGCUUGAAAUGGCCUGUAGCUAAACCACAAAAGAAGACAGAGAGAGAGAGAGAGAGAAUCACUGAAUUUAAUUUAGAAUUUUUUUUUUUUCUAGUAAGUUGGCAAAAUGUCAAAUACCAUUAUACUUCUUCAUCCUCAAAAAUUAUAUGGUCAAGGGAAUUGAACAUGUAGAAAGUCUUAAGCUUGUCUUUAUACCUAAUUUUGUUCCUCACCAGAUCAAGAACAAAUUAAAACAAAUAAAAUAGAUAUAAUUAUGUAAUUGUAUGAAUUUCUAAAGGGUUGUAGCCACCUUUUUCUUCCUGGAAAUCUUUCUUCCUCUGUCUGCUUGUAAUGUUGCUUUUACCCUUUUGUGAAUAAAGUUAUGUACACUAGUCA